CGUACAUACAUACGUGACCACACGACUUUCCCCUCCCUGUCCAGCAGCAUCUGCUCGUCUGUCUCGCAAUAAUUUUGCAAUAUAUAAAUUUCGCAAUAAUAUAAACAUAUUUAGCUAAAUACAAUGUCGAUCAUAGCGGAAUCUUCCAUUUGCAUUGUUUCUUUGGACUAUGCCGCCCUUCCUGCCACGGUGGCGGAUCCACUGCCCGCCUCCGCCGCGUGGUGGUCAGUGCAGAUCGACGGGCUGGAAACGGUCAUUAUGAAGAACGCUAUGAAAAGUGAGUACCCUGAAUUGAAGGACAAUGCUCACCACCGAUUAGUCUUCUACAGUCCGGAGGAAGAGGCAUACUUCCCCAUCAUAAAUAUCGUUUCCAAGACGACGCAGUAUCUCAACGCUGUGGCCAACUUGGGAUAUCGCCUCACCACCUCGACCAUCUUCCAAGACAUCAACUCUGGCGUGGUUCACUAUCAAUACUGCCUCCAAAAGUGAACCAUUUGAAGAUUCCACGCAAUAAUAAAAUGUACUUCCUGCAUGAAUGCGAAAAAAAACAUUUCAAAAUGAUGCAUAUCACUAAAAAAAGAAGAAGAGGAAACGAAUACAUAUCAAAAUUGUGAAGUAGUAAACUAGACCAGAUGUAAAAUUAUGUACAUAAAUCAGUAUUGAGCACUUACAUAUCUUAGAAAAUCCAUGUGAAAAUUAAUUAUUACGUAUGUUAAAUCUCUAUACCGAUUAAAAAAAUUUCACAAGUUAAGUAAUUAUUUAAGUGUUUCAUAAGUAUGCUGUGUUAUAUAAAAAUGAUGCUCUCCCUGCAGAAAAGAGAGAUGAAAUUGGUUACAUGGGUAUGAUGAAAUUUUCUCCAAAAGUUUAAAUUUUAAAAAUGUACAUAUGUAUCUGAUUUAAUUAUAUUGGAGAGUUAAAAUUGUGUAUGUUUGAUUGUAUGUAUUUGGAGAAAAGGCUUGUUUUUUCUACAUAUUAACAUUUUUUCAUUGUAUCCCGAAAUAAUAGAUACUUGUAAACAAGUAUGGGAAAAUUCUCACACGUCACCCAAAUAAAAUUUAAGAUUGCAAAUG